AGAUGAAGUAUCGAACAGUCAUAUCACACUCUGUUCUUUCUCAUCUCUCAAACAAUUGAACGAUCUUCGAAAAUUGCUACUAACAAUAAUUUGAUUGUGCAUUUGUUUUUCAUUCUUUUUUCAAUCUCUCACUUUUCUGAAUCUCGCUUUGUUUCUUUCGUUGUUGCAGAUUUCAUUCAUCACCAUCACUAAUGGAUUCUCGUUACCCUUUCCAACAACGCCGAAACACUUCUUCUCAGGAUAACUUGGAUAGGUUUAUUCCAAAUCGCUCCGCAAUGGAUUUCGGUUACGCGCACUACAUGCUGACGGAAGGUCGUAAGGAAAACAACAUUUCGGUUCCAGAGGUCAUUUCACCCUCCACACAAGCCUACCGUAAACGCCUUGCGGAAGCCUGUGACCUCAAUGAAAGAACUCGAAUUCUGGCUUUCAAGAACAAGCCUCCAUCACGGCUACAACUCAUACCUAAAGAAAUUCUCUCACCUCCUCCUCAGUCCAAACCAAAACCAUCCAUUCCUAAGACAUGUUUGAGAACCUUGGAUGCCCCUGAUAUGUUGGACCACUUUUCCUUGAAUUUACUAGAUUGGGGUACAGCCAAUGUCCUCGCAAUUGCCCUUCAGGAUACCGUUUAUUUGUGGAAUGAUUCAAACAGUUCCGUUUCAGAACUUGUCACCGUCCACGAGGAACACGGUCCUGUCGCAAGUCUUAGCUGGGCCUCAGAUGGUCGCCAUUUAGCCAUUGGUUUGAACAAUUCCCAUGUUCAGAUAUGGGAUUCCAUUGCUAAUAAAAAGCUAAGGACAUUAAAGGGUGGGCACAGCGCAACAGUGGGUUCAUUGGCUUGGAACAAUCAUAUUCUGACAACAGGAGGAAUGGAUGGUAAAAUAUUAAACAAUGAUGUUAGAGUGAGGUCUCCCAUUGUUCAAACUUACAGGGGACACAGCCAGGAAGUUUGUGGACUCAAGUGGUCGCCCUCAAGACAACAAUUGGCGAGUGGUGGAAACGAUAAUGUUGUCCACAUAUGGGAUAGGUCCAUGGCUUCUUCAAAUUCACCUACUCGGUGCCUUCAUAGAUUUGAGGAACACGGAGCUGCUGUCAAGGCAUUAGCUUGGUGUCCUUAUCAGGCUAAUCUAUUGGCUUCUGGAGGAGGUGACGGUGAUCAAUGCAUUAAGAUAUGGAACACACAUACAGGUGCAAGGUUGAAAUCGGUUGACACGGGAUCGCAAGUAUGUUCUCUGCUAUGGAACAAGAACGAGCGUGAGCUUCUUAGCUCACACGGGUUCCCUCAGAACCAGCUUAUCCUUUGGAAGUAUCCUUCCAUGGCUAAGAUGGCGGAGCUCAACGGACACACCUCAAGGGUGCUGUAUAUGACGCAGAGUCCAGAUGGGUGUACUGUGGCAUCUGCAGCAGCAGAUGAGACUCUUAGAUUUUGGAGUGUUUUUAAAGGUCCAGCAACAGACAAAGAUACUGAGCCGUUUGCAAAUUUCAACCUUAUCCGUUAAAGAAAAAACUCUUGAUGUAACCUUUGCAAUAUCUAAUGGUAAGUUUCAAGAAAUGUCUUUAGCAGCAAGAGGAGGAUAUGGAAAAGCAGGUGUCUGAUCAUCACAGUCUCAGCCACAACCUUCUGGCUGUGCUUGAAAAAUAGGGAAGCAUGUUUUAUUUACUUAUUACUUUUUUAUACUUAUUCAUUCUUUUUUACCAAUUUUUCUGAUUAUGUGAACAUAUGUAAUAAUAUUGGACACGGCUCCCACUUAUUUAAUUUUGACUGUUCAAACAAAAAAUGAGGGGAAAAUACCUAUUCAUUUUUAGGACCUGUAUCAUGAGCUUGAAACUAAAUGAUGAUCCUGAGAGCGGUUCCACUUUUCCACUUCCAGAAACAAAAAAGAAAAAGAUGCUCUGGUUGACCAUGGAUAAAAGCAUAUUUUUUAUCCCUACCUUAAUUUAUAUUCUAUUUUUACUGUUGGAAAUUGCCUAUAUUUUAUGAAAGCAUUUGGAUAAUUGGAAUAUUAAUUUUCAUCAGUUGUGAGGUUUUAUACUUGGGUAGAAAUUUAUGUAGUGUUGUAGUUUUUAUUUGUUAUAUGCUCUGUAUAGUCUCCUGGUGCAAGAAAUAUUGAUUCUCUCUUUUUUUUUCCAGCUUGUUAUGGUUGUUGAUACACGAGAUCCAUUGUUCUAUCACUGUCCUGAGUCCUGACCUUGAGGCUAAUGUAAAGGAGGUUGACGUGCAUAAACGCAUAUUGUAUUUGGUUAAUGAGGCAGAUCUUUUACCCGCUUCUAUCAGAGAGAAAUGGGCAGAAUAUUUUCAUGCUCAUAAUAUUUUCUUUAGCUUCUGGUUAGCCAAAGCUGCUACUGCAGUUUUGGAAGGCAAAAAAUUUGGUUCAUCUCAGACUGAGAACAUGGCAAGUUAUUGGAUUACUCGUACAAAAUUGCGUACAAACCUGGGGCCAAAAAUAGAGUAGCUGACGUCCUUUCGCAUGUUCAUUGCUCAGCUUUUUCGGUUCCCCAUAUGGAAUUCAUUAACAUGUUGAGGGAGCAACUGGCCCAUGACGUAGUGUUUCAACACUUUCUAUAAGAUGUGCAACAAAAACCUUCAAAGCACAAAGGUUUUCAAGUAUUGAAUGGACAGGUGUUCUUCAAAGGGAAGCUCUUCAUUCCCUAUGAUUCUCCCUUGAAACAAACACUGCUUGAAGAAUUCCAUGCUUCCCUGAUCGGAGGACCUAGCGAAUCCACCGAACUUUUGGGUGAUUACAAGAAAACGUGUUCUGGGUUGGUAUGCGCGAGGAUUUCACUUAGUUCGUCAAGAGUUGCAUGGUGUGUCAGCAAACCAAACCCGCUAAUCAUGCACCUUAUGGACUAUUCCAACCCUUACAAUUCCUAAUGAUGUCUGGGAAGAUGUCUCAUUAGACUUCAUUGUAGGCCUCCCUUCAUUCCAAAGCAACACUGUGAUCUUAGUUGUGAUGGACAGACUCGAUAAACUGCACAUUUCAGCAUGUUCUCAACACAAUUCACUCAUACUAAAGUUGCGAAACUGUUAGCCGUCAUGAUAUGCAAUCUACACUAUAUGCCUCCCAGCAUGGUUUCAGACAAAGAUCCUGUUUUUCUGAGUCACUUCUGCCAAGAGUUAUUUCGUCUGAAUGGCACCCAAUUACGUAUGUUCACAGCUUAUCACCCACAGAGCGAUGGGCAAACGGAGAUUGUGAACAAACUUCUCCAGCAAUAUCUCAGGUACUUCUUGCGUAAUCGCCCAAACAAAUCGGGACACUACUUACACUGGGCCGAAUGACACUACAACGGUGAUACACACUUCCACAUGACUUUCACUAUAUCAAAUUGUGUAUGGUAGAGCGCCACUGGCACUUUCCGACUACAUCGAAGGUACCGCACAACUGCAGGCAGUAGAAGCAACACUAAAGGAUCGUUCAAAGAUGUUACGUGAACUAAAAGACAAACUCGCAAAAGCUUAGAUAACCAUAAAAGAAAUGGCUGAUUAGAAACAUAUUCCUCAUAAGUUCAAGGUGGUUGACUUUGUAUUUGUCAAGUUUGCGUCGAUAUCGUCAGAAUUCUGUAGCAGGACGCAAGUUUCAUAACUUAGCCAAACGCUUCUAUGGGCCAUUUAAGCGGGCCAUUGCUUUCCAACUCGAACUACCCCACACCAGUAGGAUUCACCCUAUUUUUCAUGUGUCCCAACUCAAACCAAGCUUUAUUUAAGAGACAUGGGAGCUGAAGUUACCUGAUGAAUUUAUGGAAAACCUGCCGCAGAUCAAGCCACUAACUGUCUUGGAUUGGAAGCGAAACGAAGACUACACAAUGCAGGUGUUAAUUCGGUGGGCAUGCCUAUUUCCUUAGGAUACCACUUGGAAGGAUUAUCAACACAUACUAGAAGCAUACCCUGAUUUUCACCUUGAGGUCAAGGUGGACUUUGAUCCCCCAAGGAAUGUUAUGGAAGAAGUGGAUCUUACUUCUAGACCAAGGGCCAAAAGAAACGCAAACAAGACCAAGCACUUCAAGGACUUUGUGAUGCCAAGCUGGAAGUAAAGGGAGGAUUGGUAAAUUCGGAAUAUUCCCUAGCCAUGACUCUCUAGGUUGUUAUGAUGAGUCAUUAAAAGUUGUUAGGAGUACUUUGAAUUCUAGUAAGAAAUUGUACUAUUUAAUGAAUUCUAGUAAGAAUUUGUACUAUUUAAUGUACACGGUUUGCAUAUGAAUGAAGGCAUGGAAAUUAAAUGCAGCUGUUAGUUAUUAGCCAUAGAAUCUAU